GAAUCCCCAUUGGCCCAGAGUCAAUUGGGCACUAGCUAUAAAGCAAGGGAGCUCUCUCACAUCUUUACGUUGGCCACCAAAACAUGGCUUUUCUUCCCUUGUUGCUGCUUGUGGCAAGCUUCAUCUCCAUAAACCAUGCGAGCCACGAAGAAGAAUGGGUGGGGUGCCUCCGCGACCCUGACUAUGAAGAGCUGCUAAACACAGCUAAAAAUGGGCUAAAGAAGACUUCAGAUCCAAAGAUUGUUGUGAUUGUUGGGGCUGGAAUAAGUGGACUCACUGCUGCCAAGUUACUGAAGGACGCUGGCCACCUGGUUUAUAUUCUGGAAGCCAGUGACCGCGUUGGGGGCCGGAUAAAGACCUACCGAGAGAAGGACUGGUAUGUGGAUUUGGGCGCUAUGCGCCUGCCCAAGCAACACCGAAUUAUUCGUGAAUACCUUAAGCAAUUCAACCUCUCGUUGAACCCAUUUGUCCAGACGGAUGAGGAUGCCUGGUAUUUGGUUAGAAACCAAAGGCAAAAGGUGGCAGCUGUGCAUUCAAAUGGCAACCUUUUUGGAUACCAGCUGGAUCCCAGUGAGAGGGGAAGGAGCCCUGAUGAACUCUAUGCCCGAACACUGGAUAAGGUAACCAAAAAUUGCACAGUUUUGAAGGAGAAAUAUGACUCUUACUCCACCAAGGAAUACUUAAUUAAAGAAGGAAAUCUGAGUCGAGGGGCAGUGGAUAUGAUUGGAGAUCUUUUGAAUGAAGAUUCCGGAUUCCACAUUUCAUUCCUUAACUCUGUCAUGGAAUAUGUGAUUUUUUCAGAUGAUGACAGUUUUGAGGAAAUCACAGGUGGAUUUGACCAGCUUCCUAACGCCUUCUACCGAGCAAUGCCUGGAACCGUCCGUCUCAACAGCAGAGUAGAGAAGAUUGUUCAGUCGGGCAAAAAAGUCAGGGUGCUUUUCCGCAGACCGGGCAAAAGUGCCCUAACAUGGCUGACUGCCGAUUACGUCCUUGUCACAGCUACAGCCAAAGCCACCCGGCUCAUCAAAUUCCACCCUCCCCUUUCUCAUGUAAAGGCCCAUGCCUUGCGCUCCUUCCAUUAUGCAAGCUCAACUAAGGUUGUCUUGGCGUGCACCGACAGAUUUUGGGAGAGAGAAGGGAUUCGAGGUGGGAAAUCCACCACCGACCAUCCAUCCCGAUUGAUCUACUAUCCGAACCACGAUUUCGCCAGUGGCAUUGGGGUCCUCCUGGUUUCUUACACCUGGCACGGGGAUGCUAAUUUCUUUCUUCCCCUCAGCGAUGAAAAGUGUGUAGAUGUGGUGUUGGAUGACCUGUCAGAAGUGCACAAUAUCUCCAAAGAUUAUCUCAAAUCUGUCUGCAACAGGCACGUGAUUCAGAAAUGGGCCCUAGACAAAUUUUCCAUGGGGGCUUUUGCCUCUCCCACUCCCUACCAGACCAGUCACCUUUUUAAGAGCUUGUCUCAGAAUGAAGGGAGGAUUCAUUUUGCCGGAGAGCAUACAGCUCAUCCUCAUGCUUGGAUUGACAGCGCCAUGAAAUCUGCCAUCAGAGCAGCAAGUGCCAUUCACUUUGGGACUAGUAAGCCAGCAUUGUAG